UCUCUGUGAUGAUGCUCGACAGUGAGAGAACGAACGAUUGUGCAAAGUGAGGCAACUGUGUUUGUAGAAGGUGUUUGUAUCUAUAUAGACAGUCAGCAGCAUUUUGUAGAACUCAUGAGUAAAGAACGUCCCAUUCUCCAUUUGUAAGUGACUUUUUAUUGAAAAAUGUUUAUGGUAGAUCCAGUAACACUGAAAAGGAAAAAUGGAGAAAAUCAUCAAUGAAAAUGACAACUCUAUGGAUACGAUGGAUACAUCACUACUAACUGACACCCGAAGAGAAAGUUUAUCACUCGAGGAAAGUGAAAUGCAAAUGUCAAUCAAAAUGGAAGGCAGCCAAUCAGAUGAAGAAACAGGUGAAAUCAAGGGUGUCAUCAAUGAAAACAAGGAUCCUAUUUGUACCUCGUUACUGAUUGACACUCCGAAGGAAAGUUUGCUUGAAGAGGAAAAAGAAACACAAACUUCGAUUAAGACAGAAGGGGACCAAUCGGGCGAUUACUUACCCAGUGAUCUUAACAUUCAAUCUGAGGCCACACCUCAGCAAAGACAGUCAAGAUUUGAGGUAGAUGUCAAUCAAAUAGAAUCUGUCACAGUAGAAGAUCAGGAUGCUGACAUCCAGUCUUUAGGCCUUACUGUUUACAACCAAAGUGCUUUAGAACGUGGGAUUUGGGACCAAGUGGAAAGAGAAACUAGGAAACGAGAAGCUCAACAAGAACUAGUUUACGUCUCUACAAAGUUAAAACUGGCAGAGGAGCAGCUCAAACGAGUUGAGGCAGCCAAAGGUGUUAAGAGGUCAAUUCUUCAGUCAGCUUUGGAGGAACCAGCCAGAAAAAAGCUAAACAUCACUGCAUUGAAGAAACACAAAGAUGCAACGCAAGAGACGGUAGAGCAGCUUCGUUUGAAGCAGGCCAAAUUACAAGCACAGUUGAACAGCAAAGUUCAGACAAAGAACAAUGAAAAUGCGCAGGAAUCAGAAAGAGAUCGUAAGAUACGAAUGGGUGAAAUGACUCCCUUUGGUACUACUGCUAAUGCUGCAUCUAGCGACUUAAGCAGUUUUGAAAAAUAUCUGAAAAGUCAACAAGAGCUUCACAAAAAAAUGAUGAGUACUUGUACAACAAAAAGCAAAUCAAGUUCCAAAUCAACUAAAAGGCAAGGCUCAGAGAAACACUCACAACCCUCAGCAAAACAGAAAACACCUCCAAGCAAAACAAUUUUAAAGAAAAACAUCCUUUUUCCUAAGAAAAAAAUACCUAAGGAAAGACUAGGAACUACCACUAGUGAGCUUGAGGAAGACCAAAGACGACGUCCUGGGGAUGCACCUGCUGAAAUCAGUGUUGUUGAUCUCGAGGAAUCGGGAAGUGAAUAUGUGCCUUCUGGAACAGAUGAUGAGGACUACCAAGUUGAAAGUCCUGUAAAGAAACAACCUGUUAGUCAUCCUUCCAAGAAAGGGAAACCAUUUGCCGCUCCCAGAAAAGGUCCCCUAUCUGAUAAGUGGGCAGGAGGUUCCCUCAAGCGCCGCAGGAAGUGUAGUAAAGCAUUGCCAGAUGGAGAUCAAGAAGAAUGGAGAAGUGAUGACUCCGAUUGGAUAUGCACUGAUGAUGAAGAAUUCAGUAGUGACAAUGAUUCUGGAGGAAAUUCUAAGAGAAAAUCCAGAAGAGCCAAAGAUGAUGGUAAUAGUGAAGACUUUUUUAGAAGAGUUAAAGUGUGGGAAAGACAAAAUGAGGGAUUGCGUGAUCAGAUGGAAGUAGAUGUUCAUGAGUUUGAUAACGGGUUUAAAGUGCCCAACUCUAUUUGGGACAAGCUUUACACAUAUCAACAAGUUGGAGUGAGGUGGAUGUGGGAACUGAAUCAGCAGAAGUGUGGUGGUAUUUUGGGAGAUGAAAUGGGCCUCGGGAAGACAAUUCAAAUCAUAUCUUUCUUAGCUGGUCUCUUCAUCAGUAAAUUGAAAUGUCGGACCACUGGAUACCGUGGUCUUGGACCAACUCUCAUAGUUUGUCCCACAACAGUCAUGCAUCAGUGGGUGCGUGAGUUUCACUUGUGGUGUCCUCCAUUGAGAGUUUCUAUUCUUCAUGAAUCGGGCUCCUACACUGGAAAACGUUCUCAAUUGAUCAGAGAAAUGCUCCAUGAAAAGGGUGUGAUGAUAACAUCAUAUACUGCUGUUGUGCGUCUUCAAAACCAUUUGCUUCACCAACGCUGGCAUUAUGUUAUUCUAGAUGAAGGUCACAAAAUACGCAACCCUGAUGCUCAGGUGACAAUAGCUCUGAAGCAGCUGAGAACACCACAUCGCAUUAUUUUGUCAGGGUCACCUUUACAAAAUCAUCUCCGUGAGUUAUGGUCAUUAAUGGAUUUUGUUUUUCCUGGAAAACUGGGCACUCUGCCUGUUUUCAUGUCUGAGUUUGCUGUGCCCAUUAGUCAAGGAGGAUACACAAAUGCCUCAGAAGUUAUGGUUGCUACAGCAUUUAAGUGUGCUUCUGUUCUCCGAGACACUAUUGCUCCCUACCUGUUGAGGCGUAUGAAAGCAGAUGUGAGUGACCACAUAAAACUUCCCUCCAAAAAUGAGCAAGUUUUAUUUUGUCGUCUUACUGAGGAACAACGAGACCUUUACAAGGAAUACUUGCAGUGUGGUGAAGUUGGGAGAAUUUUGGACGGUCGUUGUCAAAUUUUUGUUGGUUUGAUUAAUCUACGUAAAAUUUGCAACCACCCUCAUCUUUAUUCGGGUGGACCGAAAUUACUUUCCCAUGAGAAAGAAGAAAAUUUGUCGGUAGAAGAGCGGUUUGGUCACUGGGAAAAGGCAGGUAAAAUGGUUGUAAUAGAAGCACUCCUCAAAAUGUGGCACAAACAAGAGCAUAGAGUUCUUAUAUUCACACAAAGCAGACAGAUGCUGCUUAUUAUGGAAAAAUUAGUCAGUGAUAAGGGUUACAAGUAUUUGAAACUGGAUGGUGGCACUUCUAUUGCUGCACGUCAACCUCUGAUUAAUAAAUUUAAUGAGGAUAAAUCCUUCUUUCUUAUGCUUUUGACUACGAGAGUCGGUGGGCUGGGAGUGAAUCUCACAGGUGCUAAUCGUGUAGUCAUUUAUGACCCUGAUUGGAACCCAGCAACUGACACCCAGGCUCGGGAACGGGCGUGGAGAAUUGGUCAGCAAAAUGCUGUUACUGUGUAUCGGUUAAUAACAGCUGGCACCAUAGAGGAAAAGAUGUAUCAUCGUCAAAUCUUCAAACAGUUUUUGUGCAAUAAGGUUCUAAAAGAUCCACGCCAGCGAAGAUUUUUUCAGUCAAGUGACCUUUUAGACUUGUUUACAUUGAAAGAAACUGAUGAUGCUACAACAGAAACAUCUGCAAUAUUUGCUGGAACCAAUUCCCAGGUUCAUGUCAAACCCAAGCAAGAAAAUAAGAAAAGUCCCAGGGAUAAAAGAAUUUCUCAUGGUUCAUCACAUCACUCUCAUAAUCACCUUCAGGAUUCAUCACCUCAUCCCCAUAAAUCCAAACAUGAAAAGUCCAAAGCUCACUCAGACGGUAGGACUAAGUCUAGCAGACUGGAACAAACUGCCAAAAUUAGUUUUUCACAAGAUAAGCUCGAGCAUAUGAAAAAGCUUGCUCACGAACUCAGUUUGAAACUUUCGAGUAAAGUUUCUGCCAAAGAAAAUGCUGUUGUGGAUAAGGAACCCCCACAAGUACCAAAUAGUGCUGAAAAUAUUGAUAAAGUUGAUAAAAUUGGAGUGUGUGAAUUAGAUGAAGCAAAAGUACAACCAGAUUCUAGUGACAAAGAUGGGUCUGAUGAUCCAGCGGCCUAUAAAAAUGAAAAUGGAGUUGAGAAAGAAUGUGGAGAGCACCAAUCAGAAAGUGUUUUGCCUGAAGUAGGCCCUCUUGAAGAAGUAAUUAUGGCAGAUGAUUCUGAUGAUGAUCUUGAAGGUAUGAAACAGUUUGCUCAGGAACUAAGUAAAGAACUACUGAAGAAAGUGAAAACUGCUGCAGCAGUUAACAUACCAAAGAUUUGUGAAUCGGAUGGUGUUGCAAGAUCCAACUCUCAAACAGAUGGGGUCCUUAAAGUUAGGGAUUCUGUUGAGAAUCUUGCCACUGAUGCCUCUGCUUUAGAUGGCAGUAUUAGGAAAAGUACUCAGGUGUCAACAGAAAUACCUCAAAAAGUGCCAGAAAUUGAUGGUCGAAUUGCCAAAGAAACAACAUUGUCUGGUAGACCAGAUACUUCCUCUCAGUUGGUCUUUAUAGGCCACAAUAAUCAUAAUUCCAAACCGAAAGAGUCUAGAGAAAGUUCUACAUCAUCAAGACACAGAAAAAGCAAGAAGCAUAAAAAAAGUAGGCACAGAGAUGCUGUUUUUGAGGGAGAAAGAGUGAAAGGCCUGGUUAAGGCAUCUGUUUUGGAAGAGAAAUCCAAAGAAGAAAUUGAGGAGCGGGCUUCUCACAAUGCGAAACAAGAUGAUUAUGUUUUGAGGAAACUCUUUGCUAAAACUGGAAUUAAAACGGCCAUGCAGCAUGAGAGAGUGAUGCAGUCUGGCGACGCAGAUUAUGCUUUGGUCGAAGGUGAAGCACGCAGAGUGGCCCAGGAAGCUGUGAAGGCAAUGAAAGCGUCACGGCAACAAUGUUGGAAUCCGAUGUCAGGUCAAGCCACAUGGACAGGUUCAAGUGGUGCUAUCAGAAUACCACAGGGAGGAGAAAAUAGACCCCAGCCGUCAAGGCCCAAAUUUGGAAAGAAAAAGACUCUUCAGAAGAAGAGCAGCACUCAGACAUCAAAUGAUGCAGAGGCUGAAGAUGAGGCUGGGUCCAGUUCUCUUCUGGCGCGUAUUCGUGCACGAAACUUGCUUUUGAAUGAGGAUGAUGAUGAUGCCAACGCAACAGGUCCACCACCUAGUGUGCCGGACAGCAAUAAAGAACUGUUGGAUGACAUAAGAACGUUCGUUUCAUUUGGAGCCAGUGUUGAUGGCCGCGCAACCACGGAAGAAGUGAUCACUCAAUUCCGGGACCGUCUUCCCCCUCAGUCAUCAGCUUUGUUCAAGCAAAUGCUCAUGCAAAUUUGUGAAUUUCAUCGGCUGCCCAGUGGGCAGGGAGUUUGGAAACUCAUUCCUGAUUUUAGGUGGUAGAUAUCCAUUGUCUAUCAUUUGUUGAUAUUGUGAUAAAAUUUGAUUCAUAUCAAAGUACUAAAAGAAAGUGAGAUCUGAAUAGAUUGUGUGCUGUAUUGCUAAACAGAAAGACAGAUAAAUUUUAAAAUUGAAAUACAUUAAUUGGACUUUUUAAAGUUAUUGAAAUGUUUAAUUGUUUUGGUAGCUCAUGUCUGUCAGCACUAAUUGAAUGUGCUUAAGUUUCUCAUGGAUUUUAAAAUUUUAUUUGAGUCAGUUUUCUACUUUUAAUCUUAUCAGUACAUCAAUGAAAGGCUGAUUUCCACAUUCUGAUGAGAAGAGCCUCUUUUUAACUGCAUUCUUGUCUCACUUUUUCUGUUCCAAGUACCUGUUCUGUACAAGUAUUAAUGUUUUUGUUGUUAGGCAGUUUUUGUGUUUUUGUUAUACAGAGUGGCCCAUGGACCCCAUAACGUGGGAAUAAAUGCUGUGCUUGGCAGCUGGUCCAUGAGACACCCUGUAUGUUGUUUGAAGUAUUUUUUACUUUGGAGGCUUUGCUCUGUUAAUUUUGGUUUUGAAGUCUGUUGUUUUGAUACUAAUGUUUUUUUAUGUGCCCUGUAAAUAAAGGAGUAAAAACUAAA